GGCUUCUACUCACCUACUCAUUCAGUCCCAGCAGCAUCGCAGCGAGAGCCUCGGCUAGAGCCCCACCGAAAUGAACCUCAUCCUCAGCCUGGAGGUGCUCUUCUCUGCGAUGGUAGUGACCACCGCGACUGUGGUGGAAGACUUCAACCAUGUGGAGAGAUGCAAAGACUCGCUGUACAUGGGCACUCCCCCGAGGGGCAUCAUCGAAACCCACCUGAAGAAGAUAUGCCAGCGUUACGCCGACAAGCCGCGCUACGUAACCCUGUAUGACCCCCGCAAGCGCAUCCCUGUCUACUCUGCGUACUCAUUCAAGAAAACCGAGGGCGACCGGAGGGUGGACUACCCUUGGAUGUACGAGCCUCAGCUUGCAGAAACAGAUGGCAAUGGAAACAUGCUUCCAUUCCCUACCGGCUACCUGCACAUGAAGUUUGAAGACAGCCAGGCGGUCCUCGAAGACUAUUCCGACGUGGUUUUGUACGAGAGAGGUCACCUGAACCCCGAUCAGCACCAAUCUGACCCUCAUGACCGCGCCGCCACAUACACCUUGACCAACGUGGUGCCCGAAAUCCGGGAAUUCAACAUCGGGCCCUGGAGAGAGUACGAGGAACGCAUUAGAGUCCGCCUCAACAACUACUGCCGUGGAACCGCAUACAUAGUGACUGGUGUGACCACUGCGGGUUACAUGAUCCGCCGAAACAACCAGGACCGUGUGGCCAUCCCAGAAGAUGUUUGGUCGGCCUACUGCUGCACCGAAUACGACCGAAAUGCACCGCACGACGUCCGAAUCCGUUUCCCCACCCAGGGAGCUCUGGCCAAAAAUGCCAAGGAGGGCAACGCGGUCCAUGAGAUGACUGUGCAGGACCUGGAGAACUUCCUGAAGACCAGAAUGGAUGUGGACCAGAACCUGCAGAUGUUCUAUGACAACUGCAUCUCUCCAUCGCCACUGCCACUCUACCUGCACCACACCAUAUGACGAGACGCGUCCUCGCCUCACAGCAUCGCUGUGCUUCUGGCCUCCGCAGGCCUGUUCUCUCUUUCUCUGGCUGCUCUCGCCAUGUUCUCAUAUUCUUCUGUAUCUUUACUUGCGAAAUCUUAGGGCUGUUCAUUUGAUUACAAUCCUUUAGGAAGAAAUUCAAAGCGACAUUUCACUCAUUUUAUCGCCAUUUGAUUCAGCUGGAUAAUGACUCUUUGGGAAAAGAUUCAUUGUUUCAUGAGUUCCAUCAUGAUUCGAAUCAGUUUGAGUGUGAUUACUAAAAAAAAAAAAGAUUCAAUUCUUCAUAAAAACUCAAGAUUUUUCACAAUUUGAUUCAGUUUGAAAAUGAUUUGUUCAAAAAUGAUUCAAUGAAUCACAUCUCCAGUUUCAUCACAGUCUGACUUAAUGUGAAUAUGAUUCUUUAAGAAAUGAUUCAGUGUCACAAAAUAUCCAGUCUCAUCAUCAUUUGAUUCAAUUGAUGAUUCUUUCAGCAAAGAUUCAGCUGUCUUCAACUGUCUUGGUAGAAUGUGUUCAUUAUUUGAUUCAGGUUGAUUCCUUAGCAAAUGAUUCAAUGCAUCAUGAAAUCGCUAAUUUGAUGACAAUUUUAUUGACUCUUCGCGCGAUCAUUACGAAACACAUUCGGUGUUUCGUGAAAUCUCGUUACGUCAUGAUUUUUUUUUAUUUGACGAGGAUUCUGUCCAAAAAAGAUUCGAUGUGUCAUGACAUUUAUAAUUUCAUCACAAUUCUGACUCUGAAUUUCGAGUUUGAGCAGGACUUUUUUAAGGAAACGAUUCAAUGCAUCAUGAAAUCUGAAAUUCAACCACAAUUCAGAAUUAUUAAAAAAAAAUUUGGCUGAGAAUUUGAAAAAGGUGUGGGAAUGAGAUGAUUAAAUCAUGGCCACAACUUAGUAAGGUGUAGGAAUGAGAUGAUUGAGUUGUGGCCACGACUUAGUAAGGCGUGGGAACGAGAUCGCGGCUUACUCAUCUGACCAGUCUUACCACGACUUAAUCAUCUCAUUCCCACGUCUUACUAAGUCGUGGCCACACAUUAGGAUGUUGUUCCCACACAUUAAUAAGGCGUGGCCACGCGUUAUUGUUAUUUAUUCAGGAUGUCACCAGCGGGGCUCCGUAAUUCUGGCCAAAGAUGAUUGUAUACCGUCUUGAAUGCUUUUGUAAUUGAUCCUAAUCAAAUUCCACAAUAGAACUGUUUGGAUUUCAAAUUUCAGAUUAAUAAAUUUUCCCAUCUUUGUGUGUUUCUGCUGAAAAACCUCUCCUUCUCAUCUGAACGUGGAUUUUAAAGGUGAUACUCCUGCAUCCUGUCUUUCCUGUCUUUCCUGGGUUUUAACGUCUCUGUGAUUUAUCCCUCUUUUCUCUGUCGUGUGUAGCUGUAAUUGGUUUGUUUAACAGAUGUAGAAUCGAAUAAUAUUAAUAUAUAAGUGCCGCACCAGGUUUGUCUGCAAGGUGCAGAGCUGAAAGGUGUAAAGGUGACUGAGUUAUGUUUUGGUAUAUAAGAUGAAUGACAUUUUAAAUUUGUGUCCGAAGGUUAAAGGACAUUUACUACUUUACAGGCCUUUAUCUCUCACACGGGCCGACGUUUACACGGCCCCCUUAUCUCUAAAGAAUUCUGCAUAACGUGGAGUUGAAUGGCUGCCAUUUGCCUGCACUCACAACGGCUCAGCGACGUUCACAGCUCUCAGUGAUCGGCUGUAAUUCGAGCCUCGUUUGAAGGCAGUGAGGUAAAACAGAGUCAGAACGACAGAGAAACCCUGUUUUCCUUGGUGUGAAUGAAAUAAAGAGUCACUGUAUCACG